GUAUAACACAGGAAGAGGACGUUAGCGCGCGCGGUUUGACUCGUGCGAUGCUAACGGCUACAAAACAGUUAGCAGGAGGGCUGUCCGUUUUGUUCAGGAGACGCAUAUUAUACAGGAAACAUGGAGUUCACAGAGAAUAGAUUUGCUCACCUGUUGCAGCCCAUUAGAGAACUCACCAAGAACUGGGAGGUGGACGUAGCCUCAGAGUUAAAUGAUUAUUUGGAAGAGCUUGAUGAGAUGUGCAUUACAUUCGAUGAAGGUGAAAUAAGGUUAAACUUCGCUGAGGCUGCCUUGCUGAUUCAGGGGUCUGCUUGUAUCUACAGUAAAAAGGUUGAGCUUCUGCAUAGUUUGGUCUAUCAAACCCUUGGGUACAUCAAUGAUAAAAACAAAAAAAAAAAUAAGCAAGCAGCAGAAUCUCAGGAAAAUAAUGCAGAAGAAGCGGUGCACAACUAUGAUGAAGAUGAUGCUGUGUUUUCAGAUUUUGAGAUAAAUCCUUCAAACAACAGUCAGAAUGAGGAUUUGUCCACCGCAGUGAAUGAUGUUCCUCUUCCUCCUGAAUGUCUGAUUCCUCAAGACACCAGGGCCAAGCACAAGCUUCCCCUCAUUACUCUUAAAGGUGAGGUUCUGUACAGCCAGAAAGACUUCAGGGUAAUUACCUUGAUUCCAGAAAAUGAUACUAUUCUACUCACAUCGGCAUCUGCUGAGUCAAGGGAAGUGAUGGAAGAAAAUCGGCACCCUGCAGCAGAGUUCAGAGACGAGCAGCCCCAACACAAUGAUGAAGCACUAGUUUGUGCAAAUGCCACAGCAGCAGAUGUGAAUGUAGAUGCUGCAGAGGAUAACUUCCUUCCUCUAGAUGAUGGCAGCAUGGAGGUGGAGGAGCACAUUGAAAGACAUCAGGCUCCAUCUGAAGGAAUAAUGAUUAGAGAAAGGCGCCAUGCAGAAACCAUUAAACCAAGGGAAGAAGAACGCCCCCCUGAAGUAAAUGUGUGGGCUCUACAUGACCCCUAUGCAGUCCUUGCAGAAGAUAAACCUUUUAAGUCCGGCAAGUGCUACAAGGUUCCUGAAGGUUUAGAUGAUGGAGGAAAGAGGAAAAGAAAACACUCUUCUCUAAUACAGGACUUUGACAGCUGGUUCAGAGGAAUUUUUGAUCCUCCAGUGCACAGAUUGAAAAAUGGCCCCACUUUUUUAGAUCUGAACUACAUUUACUUAACCACAGUCAAAGACAAGCUUAAGACCAAAAAAAGGAUCUACAGGAAAGCAGGAGUGAUGAUCUCUGAUGAAGAACUCAGACAAACCCUCCUGCAGCCAGAAGACACAGAAAAACAGAGGCAUGGGGAGGAUCCUGCAGAUGAGCAUCCAGAAAUCCUAGGUGAAUACAAUGACAACUCUGACAAUGAGCAUGAGGGGUUUCCUGAUGAUGUUCCCAAUGAGUUUGGAGGGGGGCCUGACUUCAUAUCACCAGAUGAUCAGAAUGAUGAUCUAAGUUAUGAACAACUUGUGAAAUUACGUGUCGAGCAGCUAGUGGUGAACUCUCGGGGAUACACUCAGGAGACGGCACUAUCACGGAGAGUUAGAAAAUGGGAAGACCAAAUCAAACCUGAACUGGCUUUGCAGGAAGAACGGCUGGCUUUUGAUAUCCAUGACUACAGUAACAGGAUUGUAAAUGCAUUUGAUAAUGUGGGCCAGCGUCGACCCUUUUCUUCUAUAGUCUCGGGAUUGGACAACUUUGAAGUAUGCAAAUACUUAUUGGCCUCCUUGCAACUGGCUAAUGACUAUACAGUGGAGAUCGACAGUUUGACUGGACUGGAAAAGAGUGUAGAUUCAAUGGGAUUGACUCUCCUUAGUGUUCACAGAGCCACAGAAAGGUUUAAAAACCUUCAAGCUUCAACCUGAACCAUCAUGACUUGUGUACUUUGGCCUGUAGAUUGUCACAUCAAUUUAGAGCUUUCUCCCUUUACUGGACACUCAAAGCACCUUCCAUUAAAGAAGCCUCCACACAGAAAGGCACUCAUUCAUAUAUUCAUGCAGUGUAAAGACACUGGAGGCAAAUUGGGUGAAGUGUCUUGCCCAAGGACACAAUAGCAGUAUCUAUUUGCCAGUAGGAAUAGAACCACCAACAUUCAGGUUAGUGUGCAUAAAGCUUUACUGUCAGAGCUACUGGGGAUUUUCUCCCUCAUAUUCACUAACAAAUGGAAUUAAGUGCUCUUGGAAAAGGAAUAGUAUUGAGUCAGACAUGUCAACCUGGUCAAAUCGUGCCAAAAUGGUUUUCUGUGACGCCCUUGAGGAAAGGGAGUCCUUUUCGUCUUAUUUUUUUAAUAUAAACUGUCUAUUUCAUUUUCUGUAUUUAAUCUUACAAUCUUGUUUUUCUUGUAAUAAUGUUUUUUUAUUCUAAUACUUAAUAUUAAAAAAUGUGCUCUAGAUUUUAAACUAAACAAGAGUGUGUAUAUAAUUCAAACUUUAUUUUCAGUGCAAGACCAAAUAAAGCGCAAAUAUUGCAAUCAGAC